AUGGGAGGUGCAGGGCGGGGGGGGGGCGGGGACACGUGGCGGGCUGCGAGUCGCGCCUCUGCAGCGGGAGGCGACUGGUCGCGCCUCUGCAGCAGGAGCGAUCGAGUCGCCUCUCGUCAUACAAUCUAUCCUUUGCUUCAAUCACAUAAUCUAAACUCUUUCAUGGCGUCUUCUUCGUCUUCUCGUCAAAUGAAGCAUCAAGUUUUCUUAAGCUUUAGAGGAGAAGACACACGCCUUAAUUUUACCAGUCAUCUUCUGAAAGCUUUGAAAGACACAGGAAUCAAUGUUUUCUUCGAUGAAGAUACACUGGAAAAAGGGGACCAACUUUCACUAGCACUUUCUCAAGCAAUUGCAACCUCAAAUCUUUCAAUCAUCGUUUUGUCUGUCAACUAUGCUUCUUCAAAAUCAUGCUUGGCUGAACUCUCUGACAUCAUGGACCGCAAGGAUACUGAAGGACAUAUUGUUCUUCCCAUCUUUUAUCAUGUUGAUCCUUCUGAUGUACGGAAUCUUGGUGGGAGAUUCAAAACCUCCUUUGAUGACCAUGAAUCAGAAAAGCUAGAUCAAGUACAGCAAUGGCAAACUGCCUUUGUUGAAGUUGGUAAAUUAAAAGGGUGGCAUAUAGAAGGAGGCAAAUUCGAUAGACCUGAAACCGAGUACAUUAAGGAUAUUGUUGAAUAUGUUAUGAAAAAGUUGAUGAACAGCAAGUCUGGAAGUGCUGCUGAAGAAUUGGUUGGAAUAGAUGAUAAAAAAAGGACGAUUUUGAGACUGAUUGAUCAAGAAGACAGUCGUGUAAUAGGACUUUGGGGAAUGGGUGGUAUUGGCAAAACUACCCUUGCUGAUGCUCUGUUGAAUCCUUCGGUUGAUUAUCGAGAUCUAUCGAACAAGUUUGUAGAGUACGCCCAAGGUAGUCCACUUGCUCUUAAAGUUUUGGGUUCUAAAUUGUAUACAAAGACUAAAAAAGAUUGGGAAAGUGAGGUGGAGAAGUUAAAGGAAUAUGGGCAACCAAAAAUUUUACAGAUUUUGAAGAGAAGCUUUGGUGAGUUGGAUGAAAUAGAAAAGAAUAUAUUUCUUGACAUAGCAUGCAUUUUUAAAAGGGUAUCCAAGAAAGAGGCAGAAGAAGUUCUAAGUUGCUGUUAUAAGGGUGCAGCGUGUGGAAUAAGUAACUUGAUUGACAAGUGCCUACUUGAUAUUGAUUGUAAAUAUGGUGAAUAUAUUUCUGUGCAUGAUAUGCUUGAAGAGAUGGGCAAGGACAUUGUUCGCCAAGAAUCGAAAAGCAUUGGAAUGCGCAGUAGAUUAUGGAGUCCUGAGGAUGUGGAUAAGGUGCUCAGAUAUAGUAAGGGGUCUGAAUCAAUUGAAGGAAUAACGUUAGACAUGUCUCAAAUCAAAGAUAAGCUACGAUUACAUCCUUCUGUUUUUGAGAACAUGCUUAGUCUUAAAUAUCUCGAGUUCUAUUCAUGUAACUUUGACAAGAAGCUACUUGCAGACGAACAUGAUAUUGUAUCUCUUCCUAAUGAGUUAAGGUAUCUUCGGUGGUCUUAUUACCCCUUCAAAUAUUUACCAUCAAGUUUUAAUCUGAAGAAUCUUGUUGUGUUGAAUUUAUCAAAUGGCAACAUAGAACAACUUUUGGAUGACAAUGAUCAUCAGGAUCUUGUUAAUUUAAGAAAAAUUAAUGUUUCACAAUGCAAGAAUUUAAGGAAGAUCGCUAAUCUAUUAGGAGCCAUCAACCUUAAAACACUUGACUGUAGCGGGUGUGAGAGUUUGGUUGAACUUCCUUGCUUGAAUCGUUUGACAUCUCUAGAAUUUCUUGAACUUGAGGAAUGUUAUAGUCUCAAGGAGUUUCCCGAGCUCCCAAAUAACUUUUCUGAUUUAAGUUUACAAGAAACUGGAAUAGAAGAAGUACCCGAUUCAAUUGAUCGUCUCACUAGUCUUGAAAUGUUGGUUUUGAGCAACUCGAUGGUCAAAAAUGUAUCGAGCCAUAUUUCAAAGUUGGAAUCCCUUGGUCUGUUGGAUCUUAGUUAUUGCCCAAUCGCUGAAUUCCCAGAAAUCCCAAGAAAUUUAAGAGUAUUAGAGUUACGUGGUACUCAAAUUGAAGAAGUACCAUUUUGUUUUGACUGUCAAAGUAGUCUUACGCUCUUAGAUUUGAGCUACACAAGUAUUCAAAAGCUACAGUGCAAUAUGAGCAUCUCUAGUUCUGGAGAUAUUAAAACAGCUGAUGUGCCCUCAUCGAUCACAAGGUUUGGAAACCUUGUACGUUUGAAAAUGAAUUAUUGCAAUAGCCUUAAAUUACUCUCAGAGGUUCCACCAGAUCUAAGCUACUUGGAAGCACAUGGCUGCUCGUCAUUAGAAAAAGUAACCUUCACAGAUCAAAAUCUAUUUGAACUCCCUGAUGAUAUUUUCAUGAUAUUCUCUAAUUGCUUCAAUUUGAAUCAAGAUUCAAUUGAUAACAUUUUGGAGAGUGCCAUGUUCAAAGCUGGAGCCCAAGUAGAAACAAGGACAUCGUUAUGGGAGAUUGGUUGGGAGUCACAAACGUUUUUUUGUUUCCCAGGAAAUGAAAUUUCAGCAAAUAAGUUUGAGUUUCAGAGCUUGAAUUCUUCAAUAGAUUUGAAGAUAGCCCCAAAUUGGCGUGUUGGGGGUGGAUUCUUGGCUUUUGCUAUUUGCCUUGUGGCCGAUCUAACAGACUGCUGUCACUAUAAAAAUCUUGAAUGUAUCUGUGAAUAUCAACUGAAAGCCACCGAUGAUGGUAAUGAAAAGUUCAAAACGAAGUGGUAUGAUAUGAGGAUGGAGAUUUAG